AUGUCCUCUUUUUUUACCGUCCCUGCUUCGCAACGCAAGCGCAAGAGAGAAGAUCGCGCCACAGCUCCAGCAACUAAGAAACGAGGUGUUGACGCAAAAAAAGACACAGGCUCUCGCCGCGCCCAGGAGAGGGAAGAUUCUAUUUCUGGUAGUGACCUGGAUGAAGAUGAGAAUGAUAUUGUAUCGGAUUUGUCGGGAGAAGACUCUGAAUUGGACUCCGACGACGGUGAAACGGCCGCAGACCGAAGAUUGAAACUAGCAGAACGUUACUUAGACAACAUUCGGGAAGAAGUCGACGAAGCUGGAUUUGACGCUGCAGAGAUCGAUCGAGACUUGAUCGCAGAACGACUCAAAGAGGAUGUGGAUGAGUUCAAAGGACGGGCUUUCCGGCAGAUCGCUUCCAAAUUAUCAUUUUCAACCGCACCCCACUGCUUUUUCCGUUCAGAUACCCAGUCAACCACCUCCAUUGCCAUCCAUGCUCCCUACGUUUACACAGUUUCCAAGGAUAAGACAUUGACCAAAUGGGAAUUGGCAACACCCGCUGAUUCUGCCGAGACCACCAACCAAAAUGGCAACUCGAAACGGCCACCACGCCCCCAGCGCAAGAAGCCCAAGCGAGUGCUAUACGCCCGGGGCAUGCGCAAGAAUGCUGAAACGGGCGAAGAACACGGGCACACGGGUCAGAUCUUGUGCGUUGCCGUUAGCCCAUCUGGAAGAUUUGUGGCCACAGGAGGAGCCGACAAGAAACUAGUGAUCUGGGACGCGGAGACAUUGACCCCUACCAAGACAUUCACUCAGCACCGCGAUGCCGUUUGCACUCUCUCAUUUGCCCGGCAUAUUUCAACAAUGAGCUCAGGCGAACAGCUAUUCUCAGGCUCAUAUGAUCGGUGUAUCAAGACUUGGUCCAUUAGUGGCGCUGGUCAUGCAUAUGUCGAAACACUUUUUGGUCACCAGGACCACGUCACUUCAGUUGCGGCCAUGGCUAUUGACCAAUGUGUAAGUGUGGGUGCCAGAGAUCGGACGGCUCGUCUAUGGAAGGUGGUCGACGAGGCUCAACUUGUAUUCCGCGGUGGUGCCUCGAAGAAAGCACCUUACCAAGAGUGUAACAUUGACUGUAUCGCUCCUCUUCCGCCUAACCACUUCGUCACCGGUUCAGACUCUGGCUCCAUCUCGCUGUGGUCAGUCCACAAGAAAAAGCCUCUUUAUACCGUCUCCCUCGCCCACGGCUUGGAUCCCAUUCCCCCUUUGAAUGAGUUAUCGCCUGAAGACGACAGAGAGACUGCUGCGCACAAUGCCCGACACAUGCGUCCCAUGCCCCGUUGGAUUACUGCACUGGCCACCGUCCCAGGUACCGACAUUGUUCUCAGCGGCAGCUGGGAUGGCUUCAUUCGCGCUUGGCGCAUCUCAGAUGAGAAGAAGACGAUUAUCCCAUUAGGCCCUAUUGGUACUAGCCACUCUACAGCUGAUUCACCCUCAAAACAGCUUAAUCAAUCGCUUGCCUUUGAUGCCACACCGGAUUCAGACAGUAUGGAAAUUGACGCACAAGCCGACAGAAAAGAGCCAGGACCUUUGAUUAAGGGUGUAGUAAAUGGGAUCGCCAUUCUUGAGCGUCGACCAGAGACUGCAGAUGCAGGCCAAUCCAAACCUCAACCGGCAUCGGCAUCUCAACUUCGGGGCUUGUGCGUUGUUGCAGGAGUUGGCAAGGAACAUCGCCUUGGCCGAUUCAAGUGUUACUCCAAUAACUAUGACGAGGGAAGUUCGGCUUCAGGUCGCAACGGUGCUGUUGUUUUCGAGAUUUCAUUUGCUCCCAAUGCCACUGCUGAGGUUGAUGUAUAA